UCAAUUCAAUUCAAUUCAAUUCAAAAACCUUCUCCCCGUACUCUCGUAGGGUUUUGCAUCCUCACACACACGCUCUCUCUCACGCGCGCUCCACAAUGACGAAGCUUAGGAAGCUGAAUCGCCCAACGGGCCAUCGACUUUCCAUGCUCAGGACGAUGGUUUCGCAGUUGGUGAAGCAUGAGCGUAUAGAGACCACAGUCGCUAAAGCCAAGGAAGUUCGUAGGCUUGCUGAUAAUAUGGUGCAGCUUGGGAAAGAGGGAACUCUAUGUGCUGCAAGGCGUGCUGCUGGCUUUGUGCGUGGGGAUGAUGUUCUUCACAAACUAUUUACAGAACUGGCCUAUAGAUACAAAGAAAGAGCUGGUGGAUACACUAGGUUGUUAAGAACAAGAAUACGUGUGGGUGAUGCUGCACCUAUGGCCUAUAUUGAGUUCAUUGAUAGGGAAAAUGAACUUAGACAAUCAAAACCACCCACUCCACAGCUACCACAAAGACCAGCCAUGGAUCCCUGGACAAAGUCUCGGCUCAGUAGGCAGUUUGCACCCCCUAAAGAGGAGAAAAGCACAGACUCUGAGAAUUGAAAUAAGAUAUGGAGAUUUUGUCGAAUCUGCUAUUUGGAAUGCUGAAUUUAUUAUCUUUAAUGAACGGUUGUCAACAGGGGGGGAUAUAAUGGAUGGAUAGAAUAACGCCAAAUGAUGAAAUAUCAACAUUUAUCUUUGUUGUUUAUAGCAGCUGUGAUUGAGGUUUUUAAGAGGUGAGUUUUGGUGUGAAUUUCUCUUGGAAGCUGUCUGUGUAGUGAUGCCAUUGAGAAGGUAACUUUCAGACACAGCUGCUAAUGAAUGAUUGAAGUAAACUUUGGAAUGACAUAA